AUGAGCAAGGGAACUGGCGUGCGCCGCCUAGGGCUGGCAAUGAAGCAAAAGACCUCACAGUUGGAGAGCGGGCUUCUUCCCGUCAAGCUCAACAUCGUAGAUGAGUCGCAUCUGCACGCCGGACACAGGUUUGUGAAGGAGAGCGGCAUCACACAAGAAACGCACUUCAAGGUCUUUGUGGUCUCCAAAGCGUUCGAGGGCAAGUCACUUGUCGCACGGCACAGGCUGUGCUACUCCCUGAUCGACCAAGAGAUCAAAGAAGGCGUGCACGCAGUGGCUCUCACAACCCUCACGCCAGAGGAGGACAAGGAGAAGGAGGUCGUGUGA